AUGUUUGUCCGGACCUUCCUGCUCAUCUGUGUCACGGUUUUUCUCAGCGCAGGUAAGACCGGGUCUUCAUGGAUGGGACUGUAGGGUUACCUUUGGGGUCUCUGCAGGAAGAAGCCGGUCCACUUCUUAGUGUCUUAGAUGAGCUGAUGCUUAAACCUGGUCUUGAGUCGAUGAUGUUGUUGGUCAGUGUGUUGAAGUCCGUCUGUGUUUCUGUCUGUGUGACGGUUUUUAUGAAAUAUACGCAGAUUAACGAAGAAAACUAAAACCAUGUCUUCAUUCUCGUCUUCAUCAUCGUCAUACUGUGUCUGUUCCUGUCAAACUGCAGCUGAGAUAAAACCUCCUCAAGUCCACAGAAAUGUAACUGGACCUCCUCAGAGCUGGGACUGCAGGCUCCUGUCUUUACGAAAAACGUCUUUUUAAAUCGAAAUUCUUGAAAUGAGCUUCAGGAAGAGUUCAUGGGGACGGUCUUCACGACACAAAACAAGGAGAGACAAAGUCUGGUCUAUACUUCCUGAUCGGACCUACGCUGCAGUGGCCGUCGCCGUCGUGGGCACCACAUAGUCCAUGUUGUGGUGUGUGUGUCUCUCUGCAGUACUCCACCUGAACACCAGUGGGCAGCACCUCCAUGCUCUGCCAUUUUUUUGUCAGUUUUUAAUGCAGAGAAGAAAAGAGGGGGACACCAAGAAGGCGGACUAUAGAACCACUGAGGAAGACGACAGGGGACAGCAGCGGUAUAAGAGAAGUCCACCAAGCAGACCAAUCGCAGGACUUCAGAUCCGCAGGAAGUGAGGAAGUGCACAUCGGGCGUCAGCUUCAGGCUUCAUUGUUGGGUACAGGGACAGACGGGCCAUGUUACACCGUAGGUCAGAAGCAGCAGCUGCACGCGAGCUCGCCGUAGAGCGGAUUAGUCACCUUUAAAAACCAACAUUCAGAGCGUAAGGAACUCUUCUUCAGUGGACUGAACCACAGAACUCUUCAGUUCUGAGAUCGAACAUUUAUUCAGGUCACAUGGAAGGUAGUACAGCGCUGGACUCAGGAUCACGGAGCUCCUAGGAUCUCCAUCAUGAGCGCCCAAUUCUGGGUACAGUUCACAUUAAUCUUCGUGGUCAGGGAUUGGCCUUCGUACAGAGGUUGGACUUCAUACACAGCUGAGUAUCAUUGGCCAGUUAUUCCCAACGUGAACAGGCCGACCGCUGUUCACACGGUCUCAGUAUGAAAUAUGUGAGUGUGUUGUUGACCUUGAGGCGUCUAACUACUGUAACAAACCUGUCCAACAGAACAAAGAGAGCCCUGUGGUUCAUCAGGUUCCUCCUUAUCGAGUUAGACGUCACAGUGUUCAGAUCAAAUGAAAACGACCUGUGAGUCAGUAAAGUUCAGUGGAAAAGUACAAAACUAACACGAGCGAAAUAAAACACAAUUAUAACAAGAGAUUUAAUCUGAAUCGGAAAACGAUGGUCGUCAACGUCAACAUCAACCGGUCAGGCUCCGUCCUCGGUGGUCGGGGUCCCAGUCUGUCAUCUGGAGCCUGUUUUCCUCAACCCAGUACUCCAGUAGGUACCACCGGUCUCUCUCGGGGUCGACUGAAGACUCCUCCCCUCGCUCUCAAACUCUUCUUUUCCUGCUCAUACAGACUUUCUAAAACCUCCAGGAUGAAGGAUUCCAGAUUACACUCCUAUAAUCUGAUGGAGACUUUUCACUCUUCAUUAUAAUCUGAGGAUGUGACGGUUGGAGUCCCAGAGUGUUGUAGAAGUGUGGACACGGGCGUCUGUCUCUGCAUGUAUCCAGGACAGCAGCUUGGUCAGGACUUGGUCUGUUGAAGCCGGUGCUUCAGUGGGGUGUCCUCGUCUUCUGGCCUCCCUGGAUCAAAGGGAACAAAGGGAGACAUGUGAGACCAGUCCUGUCCUCCUGCUCAGCUGACCAGGUCCUCCAGCUCUGAUGUUCUCCAUCCUGAAGCAGCAGACGUGAAGAUGAUCUGCUGACGAGGAGACGCCAUGAUCUGAUCAGAAAUUGGUUCUAGUCUAACAUCCAUAUCAGGCAAUCUGACCUUUGACCUCUGAAAUAAAAAACUUUUGGUUUUUCUCUUCAUAAACAGAACUGACCUUUGAUCAGCGAGUUUAACUCCGUAAACUCAGAUUAAAACCUGAGCUGAUGAGGAGGAGAGUUUCUGCAGAUGUUCUCACUGAUUUGAAGCUCUUUAUGGAGACUGUAGUUAUGGUGCAACCAUCCUCAGACAUGGUCAGGUUAAUUAUAGUUAAUUAUAGUUAUAUUGGUUAUAGUUCUGUUGGUUAUGUUGGUAAUUGGUAUGUUUCAUUGAUUUGAGUUCUUGUAUUUAUGGCUUUAAUGUUCGAGUUCUGUUGGUGAUAGUUCAGUUCAUGUUGGUUAAAUCUGAGUUUUAUUGUCAUAGUUACGGUUUCAUUGGUCGUGGUCAUGGUGAUACUGGUUUAUGUAAUGGUAUAAUGGUUUCAGUCGUGGUUAUUUUGAUGACAGUUAUGGUUACACUGGUUAUAGCUCAGUCUCGCUCUGUGUUGUGCUUCAGUUGUGGUUUGAAUAUCUAAAGUUAUGGUUAUAUAUAUAACAAUAUAGUUAUAUUGGUACUUGUUCUGGUUUUACUGGUUAUAGUUAUAUCUGCUUUACUGGUCAUAUAUAAAUCAGUGGUGGGUGUUCAGAUGAGUCUUUAAAAACCCUGAUGAAGUUUUCUGUCUGUUUUCAGAUGCUGAGGAUAAAUCCAGACUGUACAGGAGGGUAAGAGACAAACACUCUCUCUCUUUAUGGACGUGGACACCAACAAACUUCUCAAAAAUACAUAAAAACCAAAACUAUAAUAAUAAUAAUUAUAAUAAUUUUGAAUUCUGGUUCAGAAAAGAGUUUAAAUGUAUUAAUUCAUAUUUGGUUCGAGAUUUCAUGUUUUUUUUUGUUGAUGUUGUCAUGAAAUAUCUGUUGAUAUUUUUGGUAUCAAUAUUUUAAGGUUGUUUAUUGUUGUUGUCGUUUGUUUGUUUGUUUGUUUGUUUGUUUGUUUGUUUGUUGGUGUUGUUUAUAGUUUUAUUGUUUAUUGUUGUUUAUUUGUUCAUUAUUGUUGUUUAUUUGUUGUUGUUGUUUAUUAUCAUUGUUUAUUGUUUGUUGUUUAUUGUUGUUGUUGUUGUUUCUCAUUAUUGUUGUUUUUGUUUAUUAUUGUUUGUUGUUGUUUGUUGUUUGUUACUGUUUUUUAUUGUUUUUGCUCAUUAUUGUUGUUGUUGUUUGAUGUUGUUGCUGUUUAUUUUUGUUUAUUGUUUGUUUUUGUUUAUUACUGUUGUUGUUUAUUGUUUUUGUUUAUUACGGCUGUUGUUUAUUUUUGAUGUUUAUUGUUUGUUUUUGUUCAUUAUUGUUGUCGUUGUUGUGUUUCAGCCCUCCUGCGUGGGGUUGAGUUUGGCACAGGCGUGUCCCUUGAAUUACUCCCCCGUGUGCGGCAGCGACGGCAUCACGUACCCGAACGAGUGCUCUCUGUGUGUCCACAGACUGUGAGUACUGGACGAUCAAUAAUCUGAUCUGUUAACCUCUGAUAAACAGACAAUUGAUCAUUUUUUUACAACCCCAACUCUACAACAACUUCUCACCUGUUUGUUUGUUCCUUUACCUUCUUUUUAGAAACAUGAGAAGACUUUUCAGGGAACAAUCAAUAUUUCCAGUUUAAACAAAUGUUUAAUCUGUAAUCCAAUAAACUAUAAUAUGUGACAUAGAUAAUGAAGGAAAUGAAUGGAUGACAGCCAAUCAGGUGGUCCCACUUAGAAGUCUGAUCAGUCCUGACCAAUCAGAGCAGAGGAGAUUACAAACUGAUCCUUUUAAAGAUCAGUCAAAAAGGAUCAUUUGAGUUUGGUUCAGAUUUAAACUGUUAUUAUUGGAUCAUAUCGAUCAAUAAUUUUGUAUCUGUGGUCAAAUAUUGUUUUCCUUUAGUAUUGAUGAGUGAUGAUCGAUUAUUUCUGUGUACAGGGAGCGAAAUGUCGACACUCUGAUCGUCAUGGAGGGACCCUGCUGAGGAUCACAUCGUCCCGCUCCUCCUUUACUGAUGACUCUAUCACACACACACACACACACACACACACACACACACACACACACACACACACACACAUAUCUCGAACCUUUCGUGCAGUGUUGUAUAUUUUCAUAUCUAUGUAAAAAAAAAAUCACGUUAAAAAAAUAAAGACUUUCAUUUUCUCUAAUUUUGAUUUAAUCUCGUCUAUUUUCUCCGUCUCAUGUACGACAGGAAGGAUAGGAUAGCUGACAGUAAGGUAUGCUAAAAAAUAUCAUAGUCGCAUGAAAAAAAUAUCAUAAUAUUGUACAAUGAAAAAUGUCCCAUAUUGAUAGUGUGUUGUAAAAUAAUCUUUAUGCAGCAGAAUGGAGGUGUGCUCUCCCUGAUUCAGGCUUUUACAUUUCAUAUAAGUAUAAGGAUGUACUCGUGGAAAUAUACUGUAUAUUAGUGGUCCUGACUGAAGGAUAAUCAGUGGGAACUGAGAUAAAACAGUUGAUAUAAAAGACCAACACUGUUAUGAUCUCAAUCAGCUUUUACAUGGACCUAUAGGCCAGACUGUCAGACUAUGAGGAUAAACAGAUAAAAAGGGAGUUAUAUUUACUAAAGAAUGGACUGGCUGAUGGUUCAGGUUUGAGCUGUGAGACUGGAAAGAAGUAGAGGGGCUGGUGAUUCAGGUGAGUGAAGUCCAGGUAUGAUCUAUGAGAGACAGAGCGCUGAGGAUCUGAAGGCAGGGAGAGGUUUCAUGGGAUCAAACGGUCUGAUAGGGUCAAGAUUAGAGCUGUUAUAAUCACUCCUUCACUGUAGGUGGUAGCAGGCGAUUUUAACUCCAGAAUACAUGCAGUCUAAAAACAUACAGAAGAAUAAGUAGUUUGGAGGUGACGUAGUGCUCAUGUAGGAGUCAGAGGGAAUCACAGGAAAUAGACAUAGUGCUUCCCAAAACAGAUGUUAAAUCUAUUAUAAAGAGUCACACUUUAAAAAUGUGGCAAGAAUACUGGAAUAUAGCUGACACAGGAAGACAUCUGUACAAGAUCCACAAACAUGUUGGCAGAAUUACAAAGGAGGAGACAGGAUUUACCCGUCUAAGAAUUGGACAUACAGGACUCAACCAGAGCCUGUAUUUGAUAAAAAACAAACACUCAACUGAUCACUGUGAUUACUGUAAGACAGCAGAAACAGUAAAAAAUGUACUCAUUGAUUAUGUUAAACAAACACAGAAAAGGCAACAGGUUAGUCACCAACUUGAGAAUAUGUCCAUGUAGAUUCUCAUUCAUCCAGGUCAUGGUUGUCUUGAAGACUAAGAUAACCAACUUGAGAAGAAAAUCUGGAUCUGACUGUAGAGAAUCUGUUCGGGUCAGCAUCUGACAAAGUAUUCAAGGCAUUAAGGAAGGAUUAAAGGGAGACUGGAUUAUUGUACAGAGUUUAACUUUUGGAGAUUAGUGAGUAUUUAUAUGUAUGUAUGUAUGUAUGUAUGUAUGUAUGUAUGUAUGUAUGUAUGUAUGUAUGUAUAUGAGAACAAAUAAUAGACAUGUUUUUGGAGCAAAGUUAUUGUGAAACUGCACACAGGUUACAGCCAGAGAGAGUCCAACUCAUGGUGAAUCAUGACCUGGCAAAAACAUUAUUUACAGAAGAAAUCACGUUGUUGGCGUUCAGACACCAACGCUAACGCCGCCUACGGGGAUAGGCUAAUGACACCAUUGGGGAUGUACAGUAUAAGAAGGAACAGUUCUCGGUGUUAGAGGGAUUGUUUGGGCUUCUACUCUCCAUCUGAUUGUCAUGAUUCGUGUUUGAUCCUGUAACUAAAUUAAAAUCAGGCGAGACGCAGCUAGUUUGAUUCUGUCUUUGUAUGAUUCAUUUUUGCACCUUUGCAUCUAUGAAAUCUACCUUAUGUAAAGGCAGAUAUCCUUUUUUUUCUGCUUAAUUUACUGUCUCACACUCCAGUCCAGUAGGUGGCGGUAAUGCUCCUUAAAGUUGGUUUCUAACCGCUAAUAAACUCCAUUGAAGAAGAAGUAGGUCGGAAGUGACGCAGUGGUUCCGGUGCGCGCUGCAGCUAACGUCGUGUUUGUGUCUUUGUUGGAUUAUUUUUAUUAUUAACUUCAUCUUUUCAGCAGAAACAUGUACGACCAGGAUGAAGGUGAGCUGUGACCUGAUAAAGAAGAAGCUUCAUGAACUGAUAGGCCUGUAACAGUGUUAAUAUAUAAAUAUAAUACUGAGAACUGAGCCUGAGAAACUGUUAGCUGUUAGCUGUUAGCUCCUCAUCAGACAGACCACUGAUGUUAAUAAACCGGGUGGGCAGUUUCUAGUUAGUUUUGUCGAGUUUCUCCUCAUCCCUAGUUUAUAGUUUAGCAGACUGGUAUCUUAGUGAUGUUCUCAGAGUUUAAUCUGUGAGUCCUGGAGCAGAAACUCCUGAAUCUCGGCUUGUUUGCUGUUAUUGUGGACUACUUGUUGACUGUUCUGCCUCCUAAAUCAUCCUGAUUUAUUCCGAAGUCAUUCUAGACUCUGGAUUUGAAAUCUGACAAGUCUUACCUUUCAGCAGGUACCAGAUUUACGCCUGUAGCCCUCAUAGUUUUGGAAAAACACACAUUUUUAUGUUCACGUGCACAACAAGAUCAUUAGAAUCAGAGGGAGCUCAAAGUAAACCUGAUUUUAACAUAAUUCAACCGAAAAAUCCUCUUUUAGAGUUAAUUUACACUCAGACUGAGAAAACGGGAGAGAUUAACUUAUAAAGAGAAAAACAGAGAAAUUAUAGAAACUAACCGACUGAGAACUGACUGAAUUAUAACUAAUUUACUGAUAACUAACUAAACUUAACCCCGAGAACAUAAACUAAUCUCAUAUAUGAAGGUUCAGUCUGUUCCACGUUAUUUCACAGUCAUAUAAAACUUCACAGAAUAAGAAGAAUCAGAAUCAGAAGGGGUUUUAUUGCCGUUGUCGAUGAAUAGGAUUCACAGACUUGGAAUUUGUUUUGGCGUGAUGGUGCAACAACAAACAGAGAGAAAUAUAAAAUACUAGAAUAUAAAAAUAGAGGAGUGCAAUUAAAAAACCAAGGUACAUUAAACUAAAGUGAGCAGUGUUAAAGUGACAGAGUUAAAAAGUGAUCAUGAGUCCAACGGCAGAGGGGAAGAAACAUGUUCUUAUGGCGGGAGGUUCUGGUCCGAAUGGACUGUCGCCUCCUGCCUGAGGGGAGUGUCUCAAAUAGUCCGUGUGCAGGGUGAGAGGGGUCAGCUGUGAUCCGACCUGCUGGGCCCGAGUCCUGGAGACGUACAGGUCAUGGAGAGAUGGAAGGCUACAGCCGAUCACCUUCUCAGCAGAGCCCACAAUGCACUGCAGUCUGUGUCUGUCCCUGACAGUGCUCUGAAUCAAUUAUAACAUAAAGACAGUAAACAUGUAUUUAACUGUUUGAUUUAAGCAACAAUUCAGGCAGUGAAUGAUGGAAAAUAACAAACACUCAGAUAUCUAUUGGUACUCAUAUAUAUACACGUUAGGGCUGGGCGAUAAAACGAUAACCAUAAAUAUAUAAUAUUAUUUCCCUCAAUAUCAAUAUUAAACAUGAUCAAUAUCCUUUUCAAUAGUCGUCAUUCUGACAUGUUUUGGUCGACUAUACGAACAGCCAAUGAAAAGGGGAGUUUCUCCGGGUCUGAACCAAUCAUGUUCUGAAUUAGAACCAAGUAUCAACCAACUGCAGCGUCGUAGCAGACAGCAGCUCCACCCAACCAUAGCACUUUAACAGGUGAAGCCGACAGCACUGUUGGUGAGAAACAAAGAAAAUGAGUGCUACCCCCGACAGAAAUGACCAUGAAGGCUCAACAGAUGACCACAUCAAUGUCAACCACAACACUGGCGUUAGGAAAACGUCGGUGGUGUGGAGGUAUUUUGGUUUUUGGAGGUCGGACAUGAAGCAGAGUAAUGUGGACUGUAAAUUAUGUCGAGUACAUGUUCUCACAAAGUCGGGGAAUACCUCAAAUCUUUUUCACCACCUGAAGCAGCGCCACGCCGCAGAGCACGCGCAACGCAAAAGGUUACAAACCCCGAGAGGAGCGAGGAGCCGAAACAGACGACCAUUCAGUCGGCUUUCUCUAGAGCGACGCCUUACGACAAAACGCCAAAGAGACACAAAGACCUCACAGAUGCAGGAGACUAUUGUGUUGGAAAAGACAUGAGACCAAUAAACACUGUUAGAUUUUUAGAUCCUGAUAUUGAUCGAUAUCAGCUGAUAUGAAAUAAAUAUAUCCUGAUAAACUUUUUCCCGUAUCGCCCAGCCCUAACAAACGUUCUGAUGGGAAUCAACAACCAUCUCAGUCAGUAAUUUUGUCUAAAUUAGUCCAUUAAAAACCAGGUUUGUUUAAAUGUCAGUAAACUAAACACACAUUUAUUCAUAAGAAAAGAAACUGUGUUAUUGACAUUAUAUAUCAGCCAACCUGCUCCCUCUUUAUCAGUAUCUGCAUCGGUCAGUAAACAAGUGUAACCUCUAUCAUUUACAGUCUGGUUUGAGUCUACAGAUAUGAUAAAAUUUCACUGAAAUAAGAUCAUAGAUAUUAAAAACUCUGCAGUCUGAGUUUCUGUAACAAAAACAUAAAAAUACCUUUAAAAUAGAAUAAAUAUUCAGAUCUUCACAGCGGUGGGUUUAAUGAGGACGUGUUGAUGGAUGAUUGAUGUGUUGGCUCUGACAGUAAAUAUUAUCAAUAACUCCCAUUUACUCAUACUUCUGUUAUUGCUGUCAUAUUAUAAUGUUAAAUAACUCAGCAGAGGGUGUUACUGUAACCAUCCCUGUUGGUUCUGAAGGUUAAUGUGGUCAGAAAAACAAAACAGAGACAUCCACCGAAAUAAAAACCUCGAGAAGUUUAUAAAGAAUAAAUCCACCUGAAGUCUUCAUUAUUGAUCAGUGGUGAAAUGAUCAAUGUUUGUGUCUUCAGAUAACCAAUACGACGAGGAUGACGAUGAAAUCACUCCAGAUUUGUGGCAGGAAGCGUGUUGGAUCGUCAUCAGGUAAACUCUCACCUGUCUGAGCUGGAAUCAACUGGAUUUAUUCAACAACCGAGUUCAAAUAUAUUUCAAUAUAUCAGUCAGCUUCAGCUCUUAUUCUGACGAGACUUUCUGCUUCCUGUUUCAGCUCUUAUUCUGACGAGACUUUCUGCUACCUGUUUCAGCUCUUAUUUUGACGAGACUUUCUGCUUCCUGUUUCAGCUCUUAUUCUGACGAGACUUUCUGCUUCCCGUUUCAGCUCUUAUUUUGACGAGACUUUCUGCUUCCUGUUUCAGCUCUUAUUUUGACGAGACUUUCUGCUUCCUGUUUCAGCUCUUAUUUUGACGAGACUUUCUGCUUCCUGUUUCAGCUCUUAUUUUGACGAGACUUUCUGCUUCCCGUUUCAGCUUUUAUUUUGACGAGACUUUCUGCUUCCCGUUUCAGCUUUUAUUUUGACGAGACUUUCUGCUUCCCGUUUCAGCUCUUAUUUUGAUGAGACUUUCUGCUUCCUGUUUCAGCUCUUAUUCUGACGAGACUUUCUGCUUCCUGUUUCAGCUCCUAUUCUUACGAGACUUUCUGCUUCCUGUUUCAGCUCUUAUUCUGACGAGACUUUCUGCUUCCUGUUUCAGCUCUUAUUCUGACGAGACUUUCUGCUUCCUGUUUCAGCUCUUAUUCUGACGAGACUUUCUGCUUCCCGUUUCAGCUCUUAUUUUGACGAGACUUUCUGCUUCCUGUUUCAGCUCUUAUUUUGACGAGACUUUCUGCUUCCUGUUUCAGCUCUUAUUCUGACGAGACUUUCUGCUUCCUGUUUCAGCUCUUAUUCUGACGAGACUUUCUGCUUCCUGUUUCAGCUCUUAUUUUGACGAGACUUUCUGCUUCCCGUUUCAGCUCUUAUUCUGACGAGACUUUCUGCUUCCUGUUUCAGCUCUUAUUUUGACGAGACUUUCUGCUUCCUGUUUCAGCUCUUAUUCUGACGAGACUUUCUGCUUCCUGUUUCAGCUCUUAUUCUGACGAGACUUUCUGCUUCCUGUUUCAGCUCUUAUUCUGACGAGACUUUCUGCUUCCUGUUUCAGCUCUUAUUUUGACGAGACUUUCUGCUUCCUGUUUCAGCUCUUAUUUUGACGAGAAGGGUCUGGUGCGUCAGCAGCUGGACUCCUUCGACGAGUUCAUCCAGAUGUCGGUUCAGAGGAUCGUGGAGGAUGCUCCGCCCAUCGACCUGCAGGCUGAGGCUCAGCACACCUCCGGAGAGGUGGAGGAACCGGUGAGGAACCACACAGACUGAGACCUGGACCAGGACCAGACCUGAUCAGGCUCCUCCUGGGUUUGAACCUGGAACAGCCCCUGAUGAUGGGUUGGUUAAGACAUGGCGUGUGUAAUGACAUCACUCUGACAUCACUGUGUUUCAGCCCCGGUACCUGCUGAAGUUCGAGCAGAUCUACCUGUCCAAGCCCACCCACUGGGAGAGAGACGGAGCGCCGUCCCCCAUGAUGCCCAACGAGGCCCGACUGAGAAAUCUGACGUAGGUCUCACCUGGUCUCUUCUCCUGUCGUUUCUGUCCUUUUAUGUUCGUCACGUCUCACCUGGUGUCCCCUCUCUAACCCAGUCUGUCCUCAGUCUUACCUGGUCCCUUCUUCUGCUCCUGGUCUUCCUCACCUGGUCUUUGACCUACCUAACCUGGACCGACCCUCACCUGUCCCCUCCUGUCCACAGGUACUCCGCCCCGCUCUACGUGGACAUCACAAAGACCAUCAUAAAGGAGGGCGAGGACCAGCUGCAGACCCAGCACCAAAAGACCUUCAUCGGUAAAAUUCCCAUCAUGCUUCGCUCCACCUACUGUCUGCUGAGUGGGCUGACUGACAGAGACUUGUGCGAGCUCAACGAGUGUCCGCUCGACCCCGGAGGUUAUUUCAUCAUCAACGGCUCUGAGAAGGUAAACGCCGACAUCGCGGUGACAUCACUGUGGCGAGCUGUGGUUAAAGUGGUCAGACUGGUUUAACUCUUUAUCUGCUGGUUUUUCAGGUGCUCAUCGCUCAGGAGAAGAUGGCCACCAACACGGUUUACGUGUUCGCCAAGAAGGACUCGAAGUACGCCUACACGGGCGAGUGUCGAUCCUGUUUGGAGAACUCGUCCCGUCCGACCAGUACCAUCUGGGUCAGCAUGAUGGCCCGAGGAGGACAGGUGAGAAUCAAACCUUGAACGUACCGACCAAUCAGCAGCCAGGACGUUCGCUAACCUCACUGACGAUUCGCUGAUUGUCUCCUCAGGGAGUGAAGAAGAGCGCCAUCGGUCAGAGGAUCGUGUCCACGCUGCCGUACAUCAGACAGGAAGUCCCCAUCAUCAUCGUGUUCAGGGCGCUGGGCUUCGUGUCGGACAGAGACAUCCUGGAACACAUCAUCUACGACUUCGACGACCCCGAGAUGAUGGAGAUGGUGAUUAUUGGUUAUUGUUUGUAUUUAAUAGACGUCAUUUCCUCGUCGCCGCCCUCUGAUGUCACCUCUGACGUCACUGUCUCCAGGUGAAGCCGUCUCUGGACGAGGCGUUUGUGAUCCAGGAGCAGAACGUGGCGUUAAACUUCAUCGGCUCGAGAGGAGCGAAACCCGGCGUGACGAAGGAGCGCCGAAUCAAAUACGCCAAAGAAGUCCUGCAGAAAGAGAUGCUGCCGCACGUCGGCGUCAGCGACUUCUGCGAGACGAAGAAAGCUUACUUCUUAGGGUGAGUCUACCUGAGACAGAAUUCCUGAUGGUCUGGGGAUCCUUAGCGUCCAUGUCCCGGGUAUCUUAAGUUUAAGUAAAACCAGCUGUGUAACGAUGAAGACUGACGGAGUGUGUGUGUGUGUGUGUGUGUGUGUGUGUGUGUGUGGCCUACAGGUACAUGGUUCACAGGUUGCUGCUGGCGGCUCUCGGCAGACGGGAGCUUGACGACAGAGAUCACUACGGCAACAAGAGGCUGGAUCUCGCCGGGCCGUUAUUGGCCUUCCUGUUCAGGGGGUGGGUUUUCUUUCACACGCUCUCAUGACCUCCUGAGAAAAUUAAAAAGUAGAUCUUGAUUUUUUUUUUAAAUUUAUUUAUUUUACUUUUUUUUUUUUUUUUUGACAUUUUUAUUUAUUUAUUUUACUCUUUUUUGUUUUUACAUUUUUAUUUAUUUAUUUAUUUAUUUUACUCUUUUUUUUUUUUUUACAUUUUUAUUUAUUUAUUUAUUUUACUCUUUUUUUGACAUUUUUAUUUAUUUAUUUAUUUAUUUUACUCUUUUUUUUGACUUAUUUAUUUAUUUAUUUUACUCUUUUUUUUUUACAUUUUUAUUCAUUUAUUUAUUUAUUUUACUCUUUUUUUGACAUUUUUAUUUAUUUAUUUAUUUUUUCCCAUUUUUCAAAACAUUUUACAAUGCAACAUGAACAUGGGGUGUUUCUGGUAUAUUACAAUAGAUUGAGUGAUCAAGUACAUUUUGAUAUAGAGAAGAGAAGAAAAGAGAGAGAGAAAAAAGAAAAACAUUAAACAAAAGAAGGGCGUCGCAGGGAAAUAUAUAUUUUCCAUGGCUUCCAGAUGUCCUUGGAUUUUGAUUGUUGAAGCCUCAUUGAAAAAGUUAUUCUUUCCAUUACAUAAACAUCAUAUAUAAUGUCAUACCAUUCCUCUAUAGAUGGGAUAGAUCUUGAGUUUUAUAAAAGUGUGUUUUUAUUUUCGCAGCAUGUUUAAGAACCUGCUGAAGGAGAUCAGGAUCUACGCUCAGAAGUUCAUCGAUCGGGGGAAAGACUUCAACCUGGAGCUCGCCAUCAAAACACGGAUCAUCUCUGACGGACUCAAGUAUUCGCUCGCCACCGGGAACUGGGGCGAUGUGAAGAAGGCUCACCAGGCCAGGGCCGGGGUGUCACAGGUGAGAAUCACACCUUCAGUUCAUAAUGAGGGGGGGGUUUUAUUAUUUAACAGACUGGAAACAUCACGGCGUCUCCGCCUCCUCUGCUUUCAGGUGUUGAACCGGCUCACCUUCGCCUCAACGCUGUCUCACCUCCGUCGAGUCAACUCUCCCAUCGGCAGAGACGGAAAACUGGCCAAACCCCGACAGCUGCACAACACGCUGUGGGGGAUGGUGUGUCCGGCCGAGACGCCCGAGGUGAAAUAAGGAGACAGAGACAAACAUAUGUACCGUAUUUUUCACACUUUAAGGCGAACUUCAAAUCCUUUAAUCUUCUCAAAAAUCCUUAUAGUGCAAAAAAUACGGGACAUAGAUUUUUGUGAUAAGUGCGUUUGAGAUGAUCGAUCGUUGUGAUUGGUCGUUAAUAUGUCCGUGUGUCCUUUCAGGGUCACGCUGUCGGCCUGGUGAAGAAUCUCGCCCUCAUGGCGUACAUCUCUGUAGGUUCUCAGCCGUCCCCCAUCCUGGAGUUCUUGGAGGAGUGGAGCAUGGAGAACCUGGAGGAGAUUUCCCCCGCCGCCAUCGCCGAGUCAGUCUGUUAAUUAAUGUGAUCCUGACGAACCAAACGCAGAUUCAGUUAUUGAUUUAUAGUUUAUUCAUCUGUUUUAAUUGUUUAUCAGUUUACAGAAAAACAAAAAAAUUAUAAAGAAGUUCAACAGAAAUGAAAAAGAAAUAAUUCACGAAAUUAAAUCAAAAUUAAAUCUGCAGAUUAAAAAAGAUUCAACAGAAAAAAUGAACAUGAAAGUUAAAUUUAACUGUGAAGUUUAACAGGAAGUUUCUUAAAAUGUUUAAACAGAAACUUUAUUUUUUAAAAUUGGACAAAAAUCCACAUUUUUCACAGAAAAAAUAAAGACGUGUUUUCUUCAAAAGUUCAAACAGAAAAAAACUUUAAACCAAAAAUUUUAUCAGGAAAUCAAAACAUUAAAAAGAUCAUCAAGGUUUUUAGAAAAUAUGAACUUUAUUCAGGAAAAUCAGCUCCAUCUAAAACUUUAUUUUCAAUGUUUGCUCUUUUACUUUGUUGUGUUUUCUGUUUUAAGUUCACACUCUGACCAGCAGGGGGCGGCUCAACACUGUAACAGUCUGACAGAGACUCAAACACACAUUUCUGAAUCAAACGGAAAGCGACUCUGUGAACUCUGUGAACAUGUUCGUUGUUGUGUCGUAAAUUAAAUCCUCGUCUUUGUUUCUGCUUCAGCGCCACGAAGAUCUUUGUGAACGGCUGCUGGGUCGGAAUUCACAAAGACCCCGAACAGCUGAUGAACACCCUGAGGAAACUUCGCAGACAGAUGGACAUCAUCGUGUCGGAGGUAACGAAACUGAAAAUCACAAAAACAGGAAAACAGUCGAUCCGCUCAGAGUCUCUCAGGUCCGAGUUUUUAUUCUUCUGGAGGAAAGAAUUUUAAGAAGAACGCCAGCGGUCUUUAAAGACACCUGGAUGGACGCAGGAGUCCAUGUUUUUCUUCUCUUAGCUGAACGUAGAGACUGACGUUUAGUUUAGAGACCGCCCUGUUCGUCGAAAUAUCAGAUCUGAGGAGAAGUGAGGAAAGAGUGUAAAGGAAGUGUUUACAGCUUCAGUGUCUCUGUGUACACCUGAGCUCAGGUGACCUGACGGUUUCAACGUUUCAGGUGUCGAUGAUCAGAGACAUCAGAGAGCGAGAGAUCAGGAUCUACACGGACGCCGGGCGAAUCUGUCGACCGCUGCUCAUCGUCGAAAAACAGAAACUGCUGCUGAAGAGACGACACAUCGACCAGCUGAAGGAGCGCGAGUACAACAACUACAGGUGAGAGGGACGCAGGGACAGGUGAGGUGAGAGCGGAGUUAGAUAUUCGUACAGAGGAGGAGCCUAAAGGGGGCGGGGUUAUAUCAUAUGUUACAUUGUUUUUUUCGUCUUUGCGGCGGUCAGCUGGCAGGACUUGGUGGCGAGUGGCGUGGUCGAGUACAUCGACACUCUGGAGGAGGAGACGGUGAUGCUCGCCAUGACACCUGAUGACCUGCAGGAAAAGGGCGUGGCCUACUGCUCCACCUACACGCACUGUGAGAUCCACCCGUCAAUGAUCCUGGGAGUCUGCGCGUCCAUCAUCCCCUUCCCCGACCACAACCAGGUACGCACGCACGAACAUCAGACUCCAGACGAGAGACAGAAGUGUGAACACCUGAUUAACCCUUCGAACACCUGUCCCGUUCUCACCUGUGGUUCGCCAGUCUCCCAGGAACACGUAUCAGUCCGCCAUGGGGAAACAGGCCAUGGGCGUCUACAUCACGAACUUCCACGUUCGGAUGGACACGCUGGCACACGUCCUGUACUACCCUCAGAAACCGCUGGUCACCACGCGCUCCAUGGAGUACCUGCGCUUCAGAGAGCUGCCCGCAGGUAAAACACACCUGAAGGUAUCUCUGCCCUGCUCUCCGUCUGUCAGGCGGCCUGAUCUCUAACUCACCUUUCUUCUUCUUCUUCUUCAGGUAUCAACUCCAUCGUCGCGAUCGCCUCCUACACGGGAUACAACCAGGAGGACUCUGUGAUCAUGAACAGAUCAGCUGUUGACCGAGGGUUCUUCAGGUGAGCCACCUGAGUCAUGUGAUCUCCUGGUCGUCUGUUUAACCCGUUCGUUGGAUUAAACCCGAGUUCUCGCCCCGCAGGUCUGUGUUCUACCGGUCGUACAAAGAGCAGGAGUCCAAGAAAGGGUUCGACCAGGAGGAGAUCUUCGAGAAACCGACUCGUGAAACCUGUCAAGGUGAGGACAGGUCUGUGAGGGAGGUGUCUGCGGUGGGCGGGGCUUAUUUAACGCCAUGUUGAAAAUCUCAAUCUCUGUCUCAGGUAUGAGGCACGCCAUCUACGACAAGCUGGACGACGACGGGCUCAUCGCACCCGGCGUCCGUGUGUCAGGCGAGGACGUGAUCAUCGGUAAGACGGUGACGCUGCCGGAGAACGACGACGAGUUGGACAGCACCAACCGCCGCUACACCAAGAGAGACUGCAGCACCUUCCUCAGAACCAGCGAGACGGGAAUCGUGGACCAGGUGAUGGUGACGCUGAACCAGGAGGGCUACAAGUUCUGCAAAAUCAGGGUGAGACGGCGCCACACCUGAAACACCUGAGACACCUGAGACACUCAGACGUGUCUUCAGAACAGCUGAGAGUGAAAUCAGAGUCUGGACGUUCGUUUGGGUCUCAUGUUCUGAUGUUCUGAUGUUCUGGUGCAGGUUCGCUCCGUCAGGAUCCCUCAGAUCGGAGACAAAUUCGCCAGCCGACACGGACAGAAAGGAACCUGUGGGAUUCAGUACAGACAGGAGGUAAACAAAACAGGCGGUAAAAAAAAAACAGUCUGUAAAAAAAAACAGACAGUAAACAACAGACUGAAAACAACAGGCUGAAAACAACAGACUGAAGACAACAGGCUGAAAACAACAGGCAGCAAACAACAGGCAGCAAACAACAGGCGGUUAAAAACAGGCAGUAAACAACAGACAAUAAACAACAGACUGAAAACAACACGCAGUCAACAACAGGCGGUAAACAAACAGGCUGUAAAAAACAACAGACUGAAGACAACAGGCUGAAAAAAAACAGACUGAAGACAACAUGCUGAAAACAACAGGCAGAAAACAACAGGCAGCAAACAACAGGCGGUUAAAAACAGGCAGUAAACAACAGACAAUAAACAACAGACUGAAAACAACAGGCUGAAAACAACAGACUGAAGACAACACGCAGUCAACAACAGGCGGUAAACAAACAGGCGGUAAAAAAACAGGCGGUAAAAAAACAGGCUGUUAAAAAAAACAGACAGUAAACAACAGACUGAAAACAACACGCAGUCAACAACAGGCGGUAAACAAACAGGCAGUAAUAGAACAGGCUGUAAACAACAGGAGGUAAACAAAACAGGCAGUAAUAAAACAGGCUGUAAACAAACAGGCUGUAAACAACAGGCAGUCAACAACAGGCAGCAAACAACAGGCGGUUAAAAACAGGCAGUAAACAACAGACAAUAAACAACAGACUGAAAACAACAGGCAGAAAACAACAGGCUGUAAAAAAACAGACUGAAGACAACAGGCAGUCAACAACAGGCAGCAAACAACAGGCGGUUAAAAACAGGCUGAAAAAAACAGGAGGUAUCCAAGAGUUAGUAAACAACAGGCAGCAAACAACAGACUGAAAACAACAGACAGUAAAAAAACAGACUGAAGACAACAGGCUGAAAACAACAGGCUGUUAAAAAAACAGGCUGAAAACAACAGGCCGAAAACAAACAGACUGAAGACAACAGGAGGUAUUCAACAGGCGGUAAAAAAACAGGCGGUUAAAAAUACAGGCAGUAAACAACAGACUGAAAACAACAGGCAGUAAACAACAGGCUGAAAACAACAGGCAGUAAAAAAACAGACUGAAGACAACAGGAGGUAAUCAACAGGCGGUAAAAAAACUGACUGAAGACAACAGGCUGAAAACAACAGGCUGAAAACAACAGGCAGUAAACAAACAGACUGAAGACAACAGGAGGUAAUCAACAGGCGGUAAAAAAACAGGCUGUUAAAAAAACAGGCAGUAAACAACAGACUGAAAACAACAGGCAGUAAAAAAACAGACUGAAGACAACAGGAGGUAAUCAACAGGCGGUAAAAAAACAGGCUGAAACAACAAGCUGUAAAAAAACAGGCUGUUAAAAAAAACAGGCAGUAAACAACAGGCAGCAAACAACAGGCGGUUAAAAAUAGGCUGAAAACAACAGGCUGAAAACAACAGGAGGUCAACCAGACUGUAAAAAAACCGGCUGUCAACAUUUUCAAAGUGAAGGAAAAGAUUCAGAAUUCAAAAAUAAAAGAAGGAAACUCACCUGAAGUCGUAAACAAAUAAACAUGUUUGAAGUCGUUUAAAUGAUUCUGUGUUUAAAUCAGUCGGUGUUUUUUUUUAGGACAUGCCGUUCACCUGUGAGGGAAUCACACCUGACAUCAUCAUCAACCCGCACGCCAUCCCGUCCAGAAUGACAGUCGGCCAUUUGAUCGAGUGUCUGCAGGGGAAGGUAAUUCAUUAAUGUUUAUGUUUCAUGAUUUAUUUUUAUCAAUUCAUUCGUUACAGAAAACAAACAAACAAACAAACAAAGAGUGUUUGUGCCGUUAAAUUGUUGAUCAAAAUAAACGAGUUCGCUGCUGCGCUCUGUUCGCUCCUGUCUCGACUUUAUACUGAGGUUAUAUUCAGUCGUGUUGAUUAUUUGUUUAUUUAAAGUUUGUUUUUUCUCUGCGUGUGUUUGAAGGUUUCCGCGAACAAAGGUGAGAUCGGCGACGCGACGCCGUUCAACGACGCCGUCAAUGUGCAGAAGGUGUCGAACCUGCUGUCUGAGUACGGAUACCACCUGAGAGGAAAUGAGGUCACUGUUCACUUCCUGUUUGACUGGUGUUGUUUGUCAGAUUUAAAGGAUGUGUAAUGAUCGACCGUACUCAGACUGAUUAUUGGUUAUUGAUCAGGUGUUGUAUAACGGGUUCACGGGGAGGAAGCUGACGUCUCAGAUCUUCAUCGGACCGACGUAUUAUCAGCGUUUGAAGCACAUGGUGGACGAUAAGAUCCACUCGAGGGCCCGGGGCCCCGUCCAGAUCCUCAACAGACAGCCAAUGGAGGGACGUUCCCGGUGAGUCUCACACCUGUCCGUCUCAUCUCUCACCUGUCCGCCUCACUUCUCACCUGACUCACCUGUGACCCGUGUCUCUGUCAGCGAUGGCGGGCUGCGUUUCGGAGAGAUGGAGCGUGACUGUCAGAUCGCUCACGGCGCCGCCCAGUUCCUCAGAGAGCGUCUGUUCGAGGCCUCCGACCCGUAUCAGGUACACGUGUGUAACCUGUGCGGACUCAUGGCCAUCGCCAACACACGCACACACACCUACGAGUGUCGGGGCUGCCGCAACAAGACACAGGUAACCGCCGUCACCGAGUACCUGACGACACAGGUGACCUUCUUCACAGGGACACAGUACAGCUCACCUCUCUCUCUCUCUCUCUCGCUCAGAUCUCGCUCGUCCGGAUGCCGUACGCCUGUAAACUUCUCUUCCAGGAGUUGAUGUCGAUGAGUAUCGCUCCUCGUAUGAUGACGUCAUAG